AUGAAUCCGACGAUGGAUUCCGGAGGCGGAGACGGUGGUGCGGCGGAGUUAUUACAGAUUCGUUUGAAUCAUAAACACGUUAUUAAAGAGAAUCAGUGUUCUUCAGUUCUCGUUAAGCAUAUCAAAGCUCCUGUUCAUCUCGUUUGGUCUCUAGUGAGGAGAUUUGAUCAGCCACAAAAGUAUAAGCCUUUUGUGAGUAGGUGUGUAAUGAAAGGUGAGAUUGGAAUUGGAAGUGUUCGUGAGGUUGAUGUUAAAUCUGGACUUCCAGCUACUACAAGCACUGAAAGAUUGGAGCUUUUUGAUGAUAAUCAACACAUUCUUGGUAUCAAAAUCGUUGGUGGUGAUCACAGGCUUAAGAACUAUUCAUCGGUUGUUACAGUACAUCCAGAGCUAAUAGAUGGAAGAGCUGGCACGAUGGUAAUCGAAUCAUUCGUGGUGGAUGUACCAGAAGGGAACACUAAAGACGAGACUUGUUACUUUGUGGAAGCUCUAAUACGAUGCAAUCUCAAAUCUCUGUCAAAUGUUUGCGAAAGAAUGGCUGCUCAGGACAUGACAUAA